GAACCGUUUCGAUAGUCACUAUAGCAAUGCUUUAUAAGAAAAAAAAAUCUCUUACUUUAUUUUAUUUAUUCAGCCAAAAAUAAACCCUUUUCCAUAUAAUAACAAUCCUUUUACAUCAUACCACACCCGUGCUAUUUGUCUUCCCCUUCUUAUUCCCAUUUCCUAUUAACUUCAUAAACCAUACCUUUUGAAAAUUGGAGAAAUUUGUUUCUUUUGAAACAUAUAAUAAUACAACUACAGGUUUCAUUGUUCCUGAAGGUAUGAAGCUGAUAAGCAUUGAUGAGAAAUGACUAAUUGGAAUAUUAAACUUCUCAAUUCCAAAUUAGAGUAGCCCAACCUUGUACGGAGCCACUAUUUAACUCAGCUUGUUCAUAAUUGGAAAUUUUUAAGGAGCGAUCUUGCUGGUACAAUUAGAAAUAGCUAUCUCCAACUAUUUCUAAUCUCUCCAAAGCUGAAAAGUGCGACCUAGAUUUCGAAGUAGUAAAAAAGAAGAUUUCAAUUGGGACAUGAGUAUCAAUCUGAUGUUGAUAGUAUGAACCAAUGCAGCAAGCAUCAAGUCUCUUCAAGUUGGCCUCACGUGAAGCUCUAGCAUACCAGGGAUCUCUUAAUUUUUCUACUUCUACAUUUGUAUAACUAAUUAAAAACUUGAUUCCAAGUCAAUUCUUUAUCAGAGUAUAGACUGACAAUUGUUCAUGCUGAUCACAAUCAUCUUUGCAACUCUCUGAUCAUGUACUUUAGUAAGUAGUGUGAUUUGUAGUUUGAAUUUAUCUCAUAGCACAAGCUAAAAUUGAUCACUUAUUAGUAGUAGUAAGCACACUAGGACUCAAUCUGAAAAUUGCUCCUAUUUUUAUAAUUACCGCACGUGUGAUAUGUAUUCCAAAUGGAAAGACAUUAUUUCUUUAUUUGUCAAAAAUAGGUAAGACACAUGGCCGAAUAUAAUUGGAUGGAGCUUUCUCGAUUUAAGCUAACUAACUGAUAGAAAGAAAAUUUGAAUAGCUUAUAAGAGACUCAACCUAUCUGUACAUAAUGUAGUGGGAAUAUAGAUAGUUUUUCUUAUGUACAUAACGUGGUUGGAAUAUGUAUUGUUUUUCUUACUUUCAUGUACUACUUUGACAUUAGGGAUCUGCAUUAUUAGUACUCCAUUAGCUAACGAAAGAGACAAGAUAAAAAAUCAUUUUAAUUGUCAAAAGUAAUUCUUCUGCAAUUCACUCUAAUUCUAUUAAGAUAUUAAUGUUUAUUAUUGUUGAAGCAUUGAGUUUUUUGCUGUUAUUUUUCUUUUUAGUUUAGUAAUUUUAUUUCUGAAAUUCAGUUAUUUAAGUUGAUAUAGAAUAGGAUUUAUUAGUAUCCUAGUUGAAGUUAGAAUAGGAUUUUAUUAGUUUCCUAGUUAGAAAUAGAAUAAGAGUAUUUUUGUCUAUUUAUAUUCUCAGAUGUGGAUGAAUAAACAAGAAGAAUAUUUUAUCCUUCAUACGACAGUUUUGUACGUUUUUUUCUUCUCUGUGGUCCGUAGAACAACAAAUGGUAUCAAAGCCAAUUUCUUGAGGGAUCUGUGAGAGAGAAGAACCCCAAAAUAACCUUGCGUAAAAGUCAAUAUUGUUAUGGCUUCCAACAAUUUUUCAAUUCCUUCACCCCCAAUUUUUUCUGGUGAGAAUUAUCCAAUUUGGGCUGUCAAGAUGAGAACAUACUUAAGAGCAUAUGAUAUGUGGGAAGUAACAGAGAUUGGAGGAGAGGUAAAUCCUUUGCCAAAUAAUCCAACUAUGGCGCAAAUUAAGAAUCACAGAGAAGAGGUUGCAAAAAACUUUAAAGCUCUCUCUUGCAUACAAUCAACACUUUCGGAAGUAAUUUUGUUAUGGCGAGUGAGACUGCAAAGAAGGUUCUGGACAAGUUGAAAGAAGAAUUUUACGGAAGUGACAAUAUUAGGCAAAUAAAAGUGAUAAAUCUGAGAAGAGAGUUUGAAAUUCCCAGAAUGAAGGAUUUAGAAACUAUUGAAGAAUUCUCCAACAAGUUGAUGAAGGUUGUAAACCAAAUCAGACUUACGGGAGAAGAGCUUACAGAUUCAAGAAUCGUGGAAAAGGUUCUUGUGAGUUUGCCGGAAAGAUUUGAAGAAAAACUUUCCUCACUUGAAGAUUCGAAAGAUCUCACAAAACUGUCACCUUCAGAACUUGUACAUGCUCUUCAAGCACAAGAGCAAAGAAGAUCCUUGAGGCUAGAAGAAGCUACUGAAAUUGCUCUUCAAGCCAAGUUCAAAGGGAAGAUGCAGAUGCAAGAGGAAGGUAAAAUCCCAGAAACUUCUACUAAUUCUAGUAGAAAUAUCAAGGCAAUUCCCGCAAUGGAGUCAAGAAGAGAGAAAACUUUCCUCCAUGCAAGUAUUGCAGAAAAACCAAUCAUAAGGAGGAUGAUUGUUGGUUUAAGGGGAAGAAAUCACCUCUCCAGUGUAGAUAUUGCAAUAAGCUUGGUCAUAUUGAAAGGUUUUGCAGAGUGAAGAAGGAGAACAACCAACAAACUCAAAAAGCCAACGUUUUGGAAGUUGAAGAAUAGGAGGAGUUUGGGUUUACGACGAUGGCAGCAGCAAGAUUGAAUGAUGAGAACACAUGGUUUCUGGACAGUGGUUGCACUCAACACAUGACCAGCAAACGAGAAUAUUUUACAAAGUUGGAAUCUGCCAAAGGUAGUGUCAAGUUGGCCGAUAAAACCAAGUUAGAAAUUGUUGGUAAAGGAACUGUUGCAAUUGAAGCUCCCAAAGGUACUAAAUUUAUUCAAGAUGUUUUAUUAGUACCUGAUCUUGACCAAAAUCUAUUGAGUGUUGGUCAAAUGCUAGAAGGAGAUUAUAUGUUACUGUUCAAAGAUAAAAAAUGUGUUGUUUUCAAAUCUAGCGGCCAAGAAGUGAUUACAGUUGAAAUGAUAAAAAGAAGUUUUCCUUUGAAUUGGAACUCAAAUUCUGAGCAAGUUUGUCGAAGUAGUCAAUGUGAGCAUGUUAUUGUGACCAGCAAGCACAAGGAUGACGAUUUUAUUUUUUAUUCUGGAAAUAUUGAAAAUUGCUGCGCUACAAUGGACGUGAAUUAAAUAUGCCUGACUUCUUGGAUCCGUUGGAUGAAUACAUGGGCGUCACAGUGGAAUCCAAUAACUCAGGAAGCUACUGCUACUGGUGAAGCUAAUGGUCUGUUGGGGCUAACUGCGUCUUUUUCUCAAGAACCUGCUGUGCCAGAAAAGAAAAUAACGUGCCUGAAAUGUUCAAUAUGGGCGAAACACUAUUGGAGAAGAACCAGAUACAUCAUCAAUCAACACCACAAGAAGAAUCUGAGACACUUUUUGAAACAGAACAAUUCAACUUUGUUGUUUCUGAUCUUGUGAAAGCCAUGUUAGAUUAUACGACUAUGGAGGAAAGAUUGGCUGCACUUAGGGCGAAUCAGAGUUCAUUAAUGUCCAACCAACAAUCUUGGCAGUCUAAGGCGCAUUUACAAGAUAUGCUGCUGUGAAGAAUCCGUACUACCUGGACAGUUUCUGCUAACUCUGUGGCUAGUACUAACUAGCUUAGUUCAAUUUUUUGAAACUCUUUGUGAACAACUUGGAGUUACCAGCAAACACCUCAAGGAGGAGUGUUGAAGCAUUGAGUUAUUUGUCAUUUUGACCCUACCCAUAUUAUUUUUCUUUUUCAGUAGGUUAGUGUCGUCAUUUCGACCCUACCCAUAUAAUUUCUAUUUUCCAGUAGGGUCGUGCAAUCAUUCCAACCCUACCCAUAUAGUUUCUCUUUUUUAGUAGGGUCGUGUCACCAUUCCAACUUUAGCCAUAUAAUUUCUCUUUUUCAGUAGAUUUGUGCUAUCAUUCCGACACUACCCAUAUAAUUUCUGUUUUGCCUGCAUUCCGACCCUACCCAUAUAAUUUCUAUUUUCCAGUAUGGUUGUACCAUCAUUCCGACCCUACCCAUAUACUUUUUCUCAAAUUUUGAUCACUUUUCAGCUGUCAAAUCUAAUAAUCUAAUGGCUUCAUCACAGUUCUGAAACCAAUUAUUCGAGCACUUUCUCUUAUGAUAGGUUCUCCCAGUCCUGCAAGCCUUUCCAUUAGUUUUGUUUUGGAUUUAGAUCGUCGGAACCCUAAUCCGGUGACCUUCGUCAGUUUUCCAGUGAGAUCUGUUUGACCCCUUUCUAUCUUUUCAGUGGUUCAGUACAAUUUCUACAGACGUUCAUCGCUGAUUUUUGUUUUAGUCCUAUGAAUAAGUUUGAACCUUUAAUGAUGAGAUCAAAAAAUCAAACAUCACUUUGUCAUGAGAUGGGCAAAGAGUCUCAUCAUUGACUACCCAAGUACAUCAUAAGAAGACUAAGCACAUUGAAAUUGAUUGUCACUUUGUCAGAGAAAAGAUACUCUUAAAAGAUAUUGUUACAAAAUUUGUGAAGUCGAGUAAUCAACGUGCAAAUAUCUUCAGCAAGUCUCUCCCCAGUCAUCAUAUUAAUUACAUAUGUAACAUGCUUGAACAUAUGACUUGUAUGCACCAGCUUGAGGGAGAGUGUUAGAAGAUGAGUGAUAAUAAAAAUAAUAUAUAGAACUUGAGGGGGAGUGUUAGAAGAUGAGUAGGAAUAAAAAUAAUAUAUAGAAUCCUACUUGAAAAAGGAUUGUAAUGUAGUGUCCUACUUGGAAAAUGAUUGAAAUGUAGUGUCUAUAAAUAGGGUCUCAAUGUAAUAAUGUAGGUACAACAAUUAAAGAAUAUUUUUCUCCUAUAUUUCUCACAAUAAUAAAAUAUUUAAUUGUUAAAUUAAAAAAACUCCUAAUAAAGUGUAAAAAGAAAUCAAUGAACUAGCAUACAUCAAUCAUUGUCUUUAGUUAAAAGAUUAAGAAACAAAGAAUAGAUUCAAUAGAUAAAAUCUACCUUGAAAUGAAAAAAAAAUUACAUUCAAUCAAAUACUGAAGAUCUUGAAAAGGAGAAAAAAAAUGAAGAGAUAAUUUAAAUAAAACAAAUUCAACAUUGGAUGAAGAGUUGAAAUGGAUAGAAAUAUAAAGCACAAUUGGAAAAAGAAAUGCGAGAAAGGAAAUAAAAAAGCACAUGCGCAACGACUUGUGAAAGAACAAACUUAGAAGUGUCUUAAGCGAUUCGAACCCACGCAAAGGCCCUGGCACGACCCUGGCACCCGUGCAUUUCGCCAACAGAGCAGAAGUCAAUGAUGUUCUAUGGUGCGAAAUAUAUUAUAUCUACAUUAUUUACUAAAAUGCAUAUGUAUAUAUAAAAUUUUAGCAGAGCAACUGGCACCCUCAUUCUCUCACAUAGAUCCGCCCCUGUAGGCAACUGAAGAAGCACUUGGAUUGGCCUAUAGCCUUGAAGAACAACAAACAAAUAAUAAGAAGUGCUAAAACAUAUGUUUUGUAGUUCAAUCAGACUGGACGAUUUCCCAUUAUUAUUUCUACACUGAUAGUCCAAAUGUAAUUAUAUUACUAACACAACAUCAAGAAAGUUCCUGAAUAGUUACAAACUACUAGUGAUAUAUAGUUGUGCUUCCACUACCUAUUGGGCUGGACUUCUAGGGCACUAAGGAAUGUGUUUUUUCUGCAUGGUUGUCAAUAAAAAGGGACAUCUUGGCCGCUGAGAACUGGAGGAAAAGAGAUGAUCAUACAUGUUAGUGGGUGCUUUGUGUAUACUGUAGGAUCCAUCCCAUGUUUCAGCUUUCUUUUAACUGCAAAGGUCAUAGGCUAACAUUAGAGUAGUCAAAUUGGCCUUUGGCAAUUUUGGCCUUUCUUGGUUAGGAAAGUCAUGUCCUUUCAUGAAGUUUUGUGGGUAGAUUUUUGCCUAUAAAAGGAGCUCUUGAGCUCUUUUGGAAAACACACCAACAAAGAGAGAAAGAAAAAUAGGGUGAGGCAUCACAGAGAGUUUAGUCUGUGAGGAAAAAUAGAGAGUGUGAGCGAUAUUGUAUUGAGAUGAAAAAAUAAAAAAAGAGAUUUCUUUUGAGUGUGUAGUAGUCACUUUGAGUAUUGUACUUGUGACUACGGUGUAAAAUUCCUUACUAAAGAGAUAUCAAUUGCUCCUCUUGGCCCGUGAUUUUUCCCUCAUUGGGUUUCCACGUAAAAAUCUUGGUGUCAUUUUCUCGCUCUUAUUGUUCUUGUUGUUUAACCGUACUACCAUUGUUGUAAUUAUUUCUCUUUAUUACCGCAAUAUUAUUAUCGUGGAGGAAUUUAUUCCAACAACUGGUAUCAGAGCGCAGGUUCUGCUUAUUCACGAAAAUAAUAUUUGCGGUUAGCGGUACUAUACUCGGUAAAAAUAAAAUGUCCGGAGUAAAGUACGAGGUAGCAAAAUUCAACGGUUAUAGCGGUUUCUCAACAUGGCAGAGGAUGAGGGAUUUGCUCAUCCAACAAGGAUUACACUAGCCACUAAGUGGCGAAUCCAAAAAAUCCGAAUCCAAAAAUUAGAGGAUUGAGAAGAAAUGAAUGAAAAAGUUGCUAGUGCAAUCAGGUUGCACUUAACAGAUGAUGUGGUCAAUAACAUCAUAGACGAAGAUGGUGCAUGUGGUAUUUGGACAAAGUUAGAAAAUCUCUACAUGUCCAAAACGUUGACAAAUAAAUUGUACCUAAAGAAGCAGUUGUACGCCCUACAUAUAGGUGAAGGUACGAAUUUCUUGUCACAUUUAAAUGUGCUUAAUGGACUGAUCACGCAGUUGUCUAACCUCGAUGUAAAGAUCGAGGAGGAAGAUAAAUCCAUCAUACUUUUGAACUCAUUGUCAUCUUCUUAUGAUACUUUGGCAACAACCAUUUUACAUGGUAAGGAUUCUAUUGAGCGGAAAGAUGUCACAUCAGCUUUUCUACUCAACAAGAAGAUGAGAAAGAAGCUUGAAAAUCAUGGGCAGGCUCUCAUCACAGAAAGUAGAGGCAGAAGUCAACAAAGGAGUUCAAAUAGCUAUGAUAGAACCGAAGGUCGUGGAAAGUCCCAAGGUCCGAUUCAAAUCAAAGCUAGAAAUUACUACAAUUGCAAUCAACCGGGUCACUUCAAAAGAGAUUGUCCAACUCGAAAAAGGGGCAAAGGUGAAAGUAGUGGCCAGAAGAAUGACGACAACACUGCAGUCACGGUGUAAAACAAUGAUGAUGUCGUUCUCUUCAUAAAUGAGGAAGAGGAGUGCAUGCACUUGGCAGGAAUAGAGUCGGAAUGGGUGGUUGACACAGCAGCAUCUUACCAUGCUACACCGGUAAGGAAUUUUUUCUGCAAAUAUGUAACGGGUGAUUUCGACACUGUGAAAAUGGGUAACUCAAGUUAUUCAAAGAUCGUGGGGAUCGGAGACAUUAGUAUCAAGACUAAUGUUGGAUGCACAUUGGUUCUAAAAGAUGUGCGUCAUGUACCCGAGUUGCAGUUGAACUUGAUCUAUGGAAUUGCCUUGGAUCGAGAUAGAAACGAGAACUAUUUUGCAAAUAAAAAAUGGAAACUCACCAAUGGAGCAUUGGUAAUUGCAAAAGGAGUUGCUCGUGGUACAUUGUACAGGACAAAUGCAGAAAUUUACCGAGAUGAAUUGAAUGCAGUUCGAGAAGAGAUUUCUGUAGAUUUGUGGCACAAAAGAAUUGGUCAUAUGAGCGAGAAAGGAUUAGAAAUCCUCGCUAAGAAAUCACUCAUCUCUUUUUCAAAAGGUACGACGGCAAAAUCAUGUGACUACUACUUAUUCAGUAAGCAGUAUAGAGUCUCAUUUCAGACAUCGUUUGAAAGAAAAUUGAAUAUACUUGAUCUGAUAUAUUCUGAUGUUUGUGGUCCAAUGGAGGUAGAAUUUAUCGGCGGUAACAAAUAUUUUGUUACUUUUAUUGAUGAUGCUUCACGAAAAUUGUGGGUUUAUAUCUUGAAAACCAAAGAUCAGGUGUUUCAAGUAUUCCAGAAGUUUUAUGUUCUGGUGGAAAAGGGGACGGGUCGAAAGCUAAAGCGCCUUCGCACUGACAAUAGAGGUGAGUACACUUCAAGGGAAAUUGAAGAGUAUUGCUCAGGUCAUGGGAUUAGAUAUGAGAAGACAGUUCCUGGAACCCCACAACACAAUGGUGUAGCUGAGCGGAUGAAUUGCACCAUUGUUGAGAAGGUGAGAAGCCUGCUCAGAACGGCUAAACUGCCUAAGUCAUUCUGGGGUGAAGCAGUUCAGGUGGCCUGCUACCUGAUCAAUCGUAGUCCAUCAGUUCCAUUGGAGAGAGUUUGGACCUACAAAGAGGUGUCAUACUCUCAUCUGAAGGUGUUCGGUUGCAGAGCUUUUGCACAUGUACCAAAGGAGCAGAGAACAAAACUAGAUGAUAAAUCAGUUCCCUGCAUAUUCAUCGGAUAUGGAGAUGAAGAAUUUAGGUACAGAUUGUGGGAUCCUGUAAAGAAGAAGGUCAUCAGAAGCAGAGAUGUAGUCUUUCGAGAAAGUGAAGUCGGAAUUGCUGAUGAUAUAUUAGAGAAGGUCAAGAAACAGAAUGGUGUAGUUCCUAAUGUUAUCACCAUUUCUUCUACUUCUAACCAUCCCAGAAGUGCAGAAAGUACAGCUAAUGAGGUUGCCGAGCAGGGGGAGCAACCUGAUGAUUAUGUCGAGCAGGGGGAGCAACCUGAUGAUGAGCAGGUGGAGUACCCUACUCAUGUAGAACAACAAUCUCAACCUUUGAGGAGGUCCGAAAGGCAAAGGGUAGAGCCAUCCAAGUACCCUUCCUCAGAGUAUGUCCUCAUCAAUGAUGAGGGGGAGCCAGAAAGUCUAAAGGAGGUAUUGGUCCAUCAAUAAAAGAACAAGUGGAUGAAAGCCAUGCAAGAAGAGAUGGAAUCUCUACAGCAAAAUGGCACGUACAAGCUGGUUGAACUUCCAAACGAUAAAAGACCACUUAAGUGCAAGUGGGUUUUUAAACUCAAGAAAGAUAGAAAUGGCAAGCUGGUUAGAUAUAAAGCUCGAUUGGUGGUAAAAGGCUUCGAACAGAAUAAAGGUAUUGAUUUUGAUGAAAUCUUCUCACCCGUUGUCAAAAUGACUUCUAUUCUCACCAUUUUGAGCUUAGCAACUAGCCUAGAUCUUGAAGUGGAGCAGUUGGAUGUGAAAACUGCAUUUCUUCACGGAGAUUUGGAAGAAGAAAUCUAUAUGGACCAGCCAGAAGGAUUUGAAGUAGCCGGAAAGAAACACAUGGUCUGUAAACUGAAUAAGAGUCUUUAUGGAUUGAAGCAGGCACCAAGGCAGUGGUACAAGAAGUUUGACUCAUUCAUGCAAAGUCAAACCUACAAAAAGACUUAUUUUGAUCCAUGUGUAUACUUUAAAAGAUUUUCGAACAACAACUUUAUUAUUCUGUUGUUGUAUGUGGAUGACAUGUUGAUUGUAGGACAAGACAAGGAGCUGAUUGCCAAGUUGAAGAAAGAUCUGUCCAAGUCAUUUGAUAUGAAGGACUUGGGCCCAGAGCAACAAAUUCUGGGGAUGAAGAUUGUUCGAGAAUGAACAAGAAGAAAGUUGUGGCUAUCUCAGGAGAAGUACAUUGAACGUGUACUCGAACGCUUCAACAUGAAGAGUGCUAAAGCUGUUAGCACACCUCUUGCUGGUCAUUUGAAGUUAAGCAAGAAAACGUGUCCUACAAGAAAGGAAGAGAAGGGAAAUAUGGCUAACGUUCCUUAUUCUUCAGCAGUCGGGAGUUUGAUGUAUGCUAUGGUGUGUACCAAACCGGAUAUUGCUUAUGCAGUUGGUGUUGUUAGCAGGUUCCUUGAAAAUCCUGGAAAAGAACACUGGGAAACAGUCAAGUGGAUACUGAGGUACCUAAGAGGAACCUUGGCUGAUUGCUUGUGUUUUGGAGGAACUAAUCCAAUCUUGAAGGGCUAUACAAACGCUGAUAUGGCAGGUGACCUUAACAACAGAAAAUCCACUAUAGGAUAUUUGUUUACAUUUUCAGGGGAGCUAUAUCAUGGCAGUCGAAGCUGCAGAAGUGUGUCGCACUCUCUACAACUGAAGCCGAGUAUAUUGCAGCUACUGAAGCUGGCAAGGAGAUGGUAUGACUGAAACGGUUUCUUCAAGAACUUGGAUUGCAUAGAAGGAGUACAUUGUCUAUUGUGACAGUCAAAGUGCAAUAAACUUAAGCAGAAACACCAUGUAUCACGCAAGAAUGAAGCAUAUCGAUGUGAGAUAUCACUGGAUUCGAGAAAAGACAGGGGACAAAUCUAUGCUGAUCAUGAAAAUCCCUACAAGUGAGAAUCCUUCGGAUAUGCUAGCCAAGGUGGUAUCACAAGACAAGUUCGAGUUGUGCAAAGAACUUGUCGGCAUGAGCUCUCUCGGAGAAGAAUGAGGAUACCUCCUUCAGGUGCAUGGGACUGGAGGGGGAGAUUUUUAGGAUCCAUCCCAUGUUUCAGCUUUGUCUUAAUUGGUUGCAAAGGUCAUAGGCUAACAUUAGAGUAGUCAAAUUGGCCUUUGGCAAAUUGACCUUUGGCAAAAUGGCCUUUGGCAAUUUUGGCCUUUCUUGGUUAGGAAGUCAUGCCCUUUCAUGAAGUUUUGUGGGUAGAUUUUUGCCUAUAAAAGGAGCUCUUGAGCUCAUUUGGAAAACAUACCAACAAAGAGAGAAAGAAAAAUAGAGCGAGGCAUCACAGAGAGUUUAGUCUGUGAGGAAAAAUAGAGUGUGAGCGAUAUUGUAGCGAGGUGAAAAAAUCAAAAGAGAGAUUUCUUUUGAGUGUGUAGUAGUCACUUUGAGUAUUGUACUUGUGACUAUGGUGUAAAAUUCCGUACUAAAGAGAUAUCAAUUGCUCCUCUUGGCCCGUGGUUUUUCCCUCAUUGGGUUUCCACGUAAAAAUCUUGGUGUCAUUUUCUCGCUCUUAUUGUUCUUGUUGUUUAACCGUAUUACCGUUGUUGUAAUUAUUUUUCUUUAUUACCGCAAUAUUAUUAUCGUGGCGGGAUUUAUUCCAACAUAUACGUGUUAGUGGGUGCUUUGCGUAUAGAUGUGCAAGUAUCUGGAUGGCCUACUGUUGCAUUUUCUGGUGUUACCUGGCUGUGUUUAAUGAAAGCUGGUCCUGAGCAUGUACAGUGGAUAAUGCUGGGUGCAGUAAAGGACCUGUUACAAAGAUGGACCUUAGAAAAAGGAAAGAAGAUGUAGGGCAUGGGAAAUAGCCCCUUUAACCCUUAUACGAUUCAUUUGGAAGGAGAGCAUGGAAAUCUUUUGAAAGAGUUGAUGAUAACUUUGUAUACUUGAGGAAUAACCUCCUGUUUUUGGUUAAUCUCCAACCAUGAGGUCUCGGACAGUUUGUAGGUUUCU